AUGUCUGACGAUCCAGACAAUGACGAGAAGGAAAGACAGAGAGCUGAGCUGACGAAGAACGCCGCAGAGCUGGCAGAACUCGCGGUCGAGUACGACCAGAGAGGAGAGUUCGCACCGGCUAUUCUCUACUACAGGGAUGCGGGGAAGAUUUUGCUGCGAGCGUGUCAAAAUUCUGGGGGACAGACGAACGUGUUAAAAAAAGUUAAGGAUUACCUCGAUCGAGCGGAUGCACUCGAAGCACAGGUAGCAGAGCAGAAGAGCCAGGAGAACAGACCGCAACAGGUUCCUGAAGCUAUGGACCUGAACAUGGCCCGAUUUCUGCUGACGCAGGCCCUGGAGCUCGACAACAAGGACGAGAUAGAUGAAGCGCUCGUUCUUUACGGAGAGGCAAUCGAGCUGUGUCUCCUGGCGAAAUCAAUCACCCCCGAUAAAGAUCUACAAGAGAAGUUGUUCCGUGUGGCAUCACGAGCUCUCGAACGGGCGGAAACUUUAAAGGAAAAGAAGAAAAUCAUCGAAUCAGAGACGGCGCCCUCCGCUCCGGCCGCCGUUGAUGUGGAAGUGCCUCCAAUCUAUCCAUCAUUGCCAAGUUUGGCGCAGAGACCCCAUCGAGAAGUCACAGACGGGGACAAGUAUACUGAAUGGGAGCUCGACGUCCUCGCCCGAACAUCGAUAAUAAAUUUCAGAGAAUACGGACCUUUCCUGGGUUCCGACACUAACGUGAAGUUCGGUAUGGCCUCUGCCUUCGAGGACAAGGAUGGAGUGCUUCUGCUAUCUCCGAAACAACGCUCGAUGUUCAAAGAGUGGGUUCGACCCAGUGGCUUGGUCGAGGAUCCUGUACUGAUCGACGAGAUCGACCCGAUGUGCAUCAAACAGACCUGCGUAUCGGAUUGUUCUUUCGUAUCUUCGAUCACUGUGUGUGCUCUGUACGAGAAGCAAUUCCAAAAGAGACUGGUCACUGACAUCAUUUAUCCUAAGAAUCGAUUCGGGAAACCUGUAUAUAACCCGUGUGGCAAGUACGUUGUGAAGCUGCACUUCAACGGAGUCCCUCGGAAAGUGACUCUCGACGACAGACUACCACUAGGGAAACGGAACGAGCUCUUGUGCAGCUAUAGUCAGAACAAAAACGAGUUCUGGGUCUCAUUGUUAGAGAAGGCUUAUCUCAAAGUCAUGGGCGGGUACGACUUCCCCGGGUCGAAUUCGGGUGUCGAUCUCCAUGCGCUGACUGGGUGGAUUCCUGAUCGGGAACCAAUCCGCCUCAGCGAGCCCACUUUCGAUCAAGAGAAGCUAUUCAACAAAAUCAUCGAUCGUCACACCAAGGGCGAUGUUCUCAUGACUCUCGCGACAGGAAAAAUGAGCCCCGAGCGGGAAGAGGAAACCGGGCUCGCUAAUUGUCAUGCCUACGCGGUGCUCAACGUCGUACAAGUUGAUGGCCGACGCUUGUUCCUAUUGAAAAAUCCCUGGAGCCAUAUGCGAUGGAAGGGCAAGUAUUCGGAUCGGGAUCUCGUGUCGUGGACGAAAGAGCUUCGGAUAAAGCUCAAGUACGACCCCAAGAACGCUCAGCAAUUCGACAAUGGGGUCUUCUGGAUAGACUACGACUCAAUCCUCAGGGCAUUCGACGUGUUCUACCUUAGCUGGAGACCUGGGAUGUUCCAAUUCACGUCGUGUACGCACGAUAUGUGGAAUGGCGGUGUUGGACCAGCGAAGGCGCUUUUCAACAUUGGCGAGAAUCCGCAGUAUGCGCUGAACGUCAGUCAAGCUGGGGGCGCGGUGUGGGUGCUCUUGACGAGGCACAUCACUGAUAUCGAGGACUUCGCUGACAACAAGGAGUACAUCGCCUUGAUCGUCUACAAAGGCGGGAAGAAAGUGUACCUGCCCUACGAUCCGCCGCCUUACAUCGACGGUGACAGGGUCAACAGCCCGCAUUAUCUCGUGAAGAUUCUGCUCAAACCAGAUUCGGAAACCAAUUAUACUCUAGUUGUGUCUCAGUACAAUAAGAGUACAACUAUUUAUUACACGAUUCGUGCGUAUUCAACGGUGCCCUUCACAUUGAGGAAGAUUGAAAACCCCUAUCGAUUCACGAAAGAGGACAAGAGAGGAUCGUGGACUCCAACAACUGCAGGAGGGUGUCCCAACCAUCCUCUGACCUACGGCAAGAACCCCGUCUACCGCUUCGACAUGCAGAGUCCACACGACCGGAACCACCUACUUAUAACGCUCAAAGGCCCAAAACAAUACACGAUCGGUUUCGAAGUCGUUCCGUUUGCUCUCGAUAGAGUUCCGUUGCACACGUUCCCGCGGCACAGCUCAGGCAGUUAUCGGAGCGGGUUCACCGUACUUGAGUUGACGGACGUUCCGGCGGGCAAAUACAAUUUGAUACCUUCGACUUUCUUACCAGGUCAGGAGGGUCCCUUCUUCAUUUCUGUUUCGAGCGACCACAAGAUCGAUUUGUGCAGAGUACAAUCUUAGUCAGGGGCAAACAUAACGAGAGCACUAUUCAAUAUUUAAAAUAUGACCGUCCAAAUGUUGAGUGGAAUUCCUAGGAUUAUGGAAGAUCAGGAAGAGUCGACAAGGAAUAAUUCCGUAUAAAGGGUGUUCCGGAACACCCUUUUUUGUUCAUUCCGCGACUCUCUGAGAUUCUUCCCCGCGUUGUACAAACGUGAUGUGAUGAAUAUAUACAUCGUCUGUUGGCGCUUCGUUUUGCAGUAG